UGGAGCUGUCGGGCUAUCAAGCCAGGUUCAGUUACCAAUUUCGUGUGCAGCCGUUCGGUUUGAAUGCGGCAUGGCGUGGAAGAAGUGAGCAAACAGCGAUCGAAUGGAAAUAUAGUCACAGCCAAGGCGAAUCCCAUAUCUAUAAUGUGUGCUCAGUUGAGUGAAUCAGUGGUGCAGCUGGUGCUGAUGGUGGUGGUGCUAGUGGUGCUAUCCGCACCACCGUUCAGUGAAAGUGCCAAGCUCCCUGUCCGCCAGUUUGCCGCUGGAGUGGAUUUCUUCGAGCACGAGUUCACCAGUGUUGCGGAAGAUGAAUACGAUCCCUACGGACCCGACAUCGGUGACGACGAUUUGGGAAUCGACGAUCCGGAGACCAUGCCCCGCCUGUUUCAAGGCGACAUUGCCAUCGAUCCGUACACCUACAUCACCCUGCGCCUGGGCGUCAAUCCAAUGAGACAUCCCAAGCGACUGUGGCCCAAUGGAACGAUUCCCUUUGAGAUAAGUCCGCGAUACGCAAAUGCGGAAAGAGAGGCCAUAAUACAAGCCGUGAAAACCUUCAACUCCCUGACAUGUGUGCACUUUGUGCCGUACGACGGGGAAGUAGAUGACUACCUGUUGAUCGAACCGCCGGUGGAAGGACCCCAAGGAUGUUGGUCCUACGUGGGACGAAGGGGAGGCGAACAGGUGGUAUCCCUCCAGAGACCCGAUGAGAACAGUGCCCACUGCUUCAGCAGCGAGGGAAGGAUAAUGCACGAGCUCAUGCACGCCAUAGGCAUAUAUCACGAGCAGUCCCGAGCAGAUCGCGACAACUUUGUCAAGAUCCAUUGGGACAAUAUUGUGCCGCGGUUUAGGAAGAACUUUAAGCUGGUUUCGAAAAAGAAGGGCAAGUACGCCUUCGACUACGAUUACAACUCCGUGAUGCACUACGGCGAGUUCUACUUCAGCAAGCGGAAGGGUGAGAAGCCCACCAUGACCCCCCUACAACCCGGAGUUAGGAUCGGACAGCGAAAGACCAUCAGCAAGAUCGACUGCCUCAAGAUCAACGAGCUUUACGGGUGCCUGCAGGGGCGCAGGGCCAAGAUGUACCGCAGUUUCUGCCACCUUCUCGGGCUGUAAAUGGAACGUGGCUAAGAGAUAUAAUUCUAUGAAUCACAUUGAUUUGAUAUUUAUUAUUUUAAUUAAUUAAUUCGUUGACUUUGAUACAAAUACAUUUGCCGCAGUGUAUGUCAUGGCUGCCGCAUGCACCAAACUAACCAAAAUAUGCCAUUACUCGUAGGGCAAGAAAGAUAGUAUUGUUCGAUGAAAAGAAUAUAACAGAUAGAUCGUAAUUUGUGGGCGUGCAUUCAAAUAUUCUUGAGUCGACUUUGCUCAUGCGCAUAAGGUGGAAAAAUAAAAAAAUAAAGAAUAUUUCCCAUAAGAAGCAUAGAUCAUAUACAUACAUACACAUAUGUAUUGACAUCUCAUAUGCACAUUUAAAGCAGUAAACUGCUUACUUACGCAUCUCUUUACUGCUCGCACCUAUCCAUAUGCUUUAAAAUAGUAUUUCCUCAGUAAAAGAAGUUUUAUUAAAAAUGAGUAAAUAAAAUAAUAACUUUAUAUAAUUAAAAUAAGAAACU